AUGGCAAGCGCAAAACUAAUCGCCGCACGGCUGACGACUCGAAAUCGGCCAAGCGCAUUGUUUGCAAAUGGAUGUCGGUCGAUCCAACCUACUCAGACGAGAUCAAAGGUUACCAUACCCUUUCGACUCCCUGAAGAGCGGAAUGAGCCAAAUCCCGAGUACAGAAGGGGUUCCCCAGAGCGAGCCUCUGUAGAAAAGGAAUUAGCCCGUCUCCGGUCCUCACUCCCACUGAAGAGCGAAAUCUUUUACAACGGUCAAACCCAGGCCAUUUCGAAGUCAGAAAUGCAGGUUCUGCCAGCGGAAAACAGCACCGAGUUUACAAACUACCCGCUUGCUUCGAAAGAACAAGUUCAGCAUGCCAUCGACUCUGCGCUUCGGGCUAAAAAGGAAUGGCAGGAAAUGCCGUUCGUAGACCGUGCCGCCAUCUUUCUCAAGGCUGCUGAGCUUGUCACGGGAAAAUACCGAUAUGAGCUUAUUGCGGCGACUAUGCUGGGACAGGGCAAGAAUGUUUGGCAAGCGGAAAUUGAUGCUGCAGCUGAGCUUGCAGACUUUUUCCGGCUCAACUGUAAUUAUGCUGCUGAACUACUUGGAAGGCAGCCUACCCGUGGGACUGAUGGCAUUUGGACCCGCGUUGAGCAUCGACCUCUGGAAGGGUUUGUGUAUGCCGUGUCCCCCUUCAACUUUACGGCAUUGGGCGGCGCUCUUGUCUCUGGCCCAGCCUUGAUGGGAAAUGUCGUAUUAUGGAAGCCGUCGCAGUACAGCAUCUAUCCCAGCACAAUCAUCUACAAGAUCCUCUUGGAGGCUGGUCUACCCCCUGACGUCAUCCAGAUGGUACCAGGAGAUGCCGAGGAAGUAACGGACGUUGUGCUGAAUCACCACGACUUUGCAGGGAUUAACUUUAUCGGCUCAUCGGACGUCUUUCGUUCGAUCUACUCCAAGAUUGGUCAGGGAAUAGGCAGCAAGAAGUACAGAGAAUUUCCUCGCAUUGUGGGAGAGACCAGCGGAAAGAAUUUCCAAUUGAUCCACUCGUCUGGAGAUAUACCAAGUGCUGUCAACCAUACAAUUCGCGGUGCAUUCGAGUACCAAGGGCAGAAGUGUUCGGCCACGUCACGCGUUUAUGUUCCUGAAUCACGAGCCAAGGAGUUUAUCGCUGGCCUAAAGACUGGUGUUGAGAAGAUAACCAUGGGAAGCCCGGAUAAGGAUGUUGAGGCUUUCAUGGGCCCUGUUAUUCACAAGCAUUCGUUCAACAAGAUCAAGAAGAUCAUUGACGAGAGCAACAAAGAUUCCACAUUGAAGUUGAUCACUGGUGGAAAGUAUGAUGAUUCUACGGGUUACUUCGUUACGCCUACGGUAUACCAAGCUGAGUCGCCUGACCACCCUCUUUUCAACAAGGAGAUUUUCGGUCCGGUGCUGGCGAUUCAUGUAUAUCCAGAUGAGAAGUGGGACGAUACACUUGAAAGUAUAGAUAAGAACGGCGGUGGCCUAGCAUUGACGGGUGCUGUUUUCGCCAAGGAUCGCAAGAUUAUUAGACAGGUGGAGGAUACUUUGCGCUACAGCGCAGGCAACUUCUACAUCAAUUGCAAAACCACCGCAGCAUUGAUCGGUCAGCAGACAUUCGGUGGCGCGAGAGCAAGCGGCACAAACGACAAAGCAGGAAGCUCCGACAUUCUGAGACGCUUCACCAGUCCAAGAACGAUCAAAGAAGAGUUUGCACCACUAGGUGGAUUUACGUACCCGAGUAACGAGUGA